UUAUAAACCAUCAAGGACGUCUAUUUCCUUUCAGUUGGUUCUCCGAGGCUGCUGCGCUUUGGAGUUCGACAGAAUGAAGGCUACAGCUGUGUCAGGCGGGGUCUUCCUCCUUUGUCUGUUGUUUUGGAAUGCUUCUGGACUUGAGCCAGCAGUGACUUCAGUGUGUUCUGAUGAUUGGCUGAUAGUGAGAAUGAGAAGGAAGCCAUUUGAUAAUGACACAGAAGUGAGAGCUGAUGACGUAUACCUGGGGAACAACUGCUCUGUAACCAGGCUACUGAGCUUCAACUAUGAGUUUUCCUAUCCUGUUGUCUCCUGUGGGAUCAAUAAAUUUGUGUUCCAGGGAAAGAUUUUCAUCUUGUCUGAGAUCACGUACAGGCUGGAGUUGGAUCUCACCUAUCAAUUCCAGGUGGUUUGCUCUGUGAAGAGGCCUAAAUUAUUUUCUAUGGAGUCUUUUGGAUUAAAUGGGUAUAGUGUGAGUACCUUCGGUAGUGGCACUCAAGUAAUCGGACAACAGUCGUCAGUUUCUUUGCAAAGUAAAACAUGUGAACCUAUUUUAGCAGUUCUCAUAAGGACCAACUGCCUGUGAACCACUGGAUUGAUGAUCCCUGUGUUAAGACGCCCUUUGCUUCCUGAGAUACAGAAGCAAGUGGUGUAAUAACUAGCCUGGGACCCAGUUUUGGCCACUCGGUUGUUUUGUUCAAGACCAGUAGUGACAUCUGUUAACCUGUUUAAAUGCCUUCUGGGAUUUAGGAGACUAUAGCUCUGUAAUGUCAUGUUUAAAUGUUUUACUGAGUUAUUUCUAAAGGCAUUUGUCACCAGAACUUUCUGUUUGGAGGUCAAAGUUCUAAUAAAGCUGUUACCGUAUGAGAGCUUCCUUAUAAGUCAGGCCGAAUGAUGAUUCCUUCUCCCACAUUAAAAUAUGAAACACUCAAA